AUGACUAUCGUUCUAUACGACACGCCAUCCAAAUUCCCUGAGAAAGCAUGGAACUUCAGUGCGUGGAAGACCAGGCUUACUCUUAACUUCAAGGGAAUUCCGUACACAACUCACUGGGUCGAAUUCCCUGACAUCGAGCCCCUCUACAAAAAAUUGGGUAUUCCUCCCUCUAAAAACAAGCCGGACGGUAGUCCUUUCUAUACCAUUCCAUCUAUAUACGACCCCUCAACCGGUGUUUAUAUUUCGGACUCCGUCGUCAUCGCGGACUAUCUCGACAAGACAUACCCUGAUAAGCCUCGCCUUAUUCCGGAAGGCACAUUAGACGUGCAGUCUUCCUUCAGCGAUACGGUUUUCCAUCACCUGCAACCGGUUUUUUCCGUUAUAGGUCCAUCCCUCAUCCCAAAGUUAAACACUCCUUCGGCAGAUCAUAUGCUAGCACGAAGCUCAGGGCAGUCACAAGGUCCAAAGCCAGACACAGAUGUGCAAUGGAAAGCGUUUGAAGACGGACUUAACCAAAUGGACGCUUGGUAUCUGCGAGAUGGUGGAAAGGGGCCGUACCUGCUGGGUGAUAUUCCGUCUUGGGGAGAUAUAGUGAUGGCGAGUGUCCUAACAUUUCUCAGAAUUGUGGUAAGAGAAGAUAGCAAGGAAUGGAAAGAUAUAACAAGCUGGAAUGACGGACGAUGGAAAAGUCGAAGUGAAAUCUACCGAGCUUGGGAAACUUCGGUUUGA